AUGUUCGGUGAUCGUCGAACUUGGGCUUUCCGUCUAUUCAAUUCAUGGCCAUCAUCAAUAGUUCCUGUCGGUAUGAUGCUUGGCACUAUGGUUGAUUAUGGUGAUUAUGAUCAAUGUAUGAGUGUUGAUCCAUUGGAUUUGAUUGUAAAAUAUUGUCUGAUUGAUCUAACAAUACCGAUGCCAAGACCAAGACCAACAAUGCAUAAUUUAUUCCAUGAAACGGAGAAUAUUCUACCCGAUGAUUUGUACAAUAAAUCUAUGACAGGGAAUUUCUAUCAUGAUCUUGGACAAUUGUCAUCAUUUUUUUAUUAUGCAGCCAUUCGUAAAGGAAUCUGUUUACCAUCGGAUUGUACGGCUGAUGAUAUUGAAAUUAUCACUGAAAAAGGAUUUGGUAGAGAAAUAUUUGAUUUAAAAAUAAACAAAAUAAUUUGCACAACAAAACGAACAGAAUCAUGGCAACCAAACAAUGUACAGAUAAUGUCCAUGCUGUUUAUUGGAUUUUUCAUCAUAAUGACAAUCAUUGCUGCCAUUUAUGAUUGGUUUAUAGUGAAAAAAAAACAUAUAUAUAUUCAUCUAAUGUAUACAGGACAAGAUUAUGCUAUCGUAACAUGUUUACUUUGGUUUUCACCAAUAUCAAAUAUACGAAAAAUUCUUUCAUCAAAAUCGAAUAGUCAAGAUCUAUCGUGUAUACAUGGAAUUCGUGUUUGUAGUAUUAGCUGGGUUAUUCUUGGUCACAUUAUACCAUUCUUCGACAUGAAUCGAUUUUCACAAUUAUUUUUGAUAAAAAAUGAAAUGACCAAUUGGUAUACACAACCAUUAUUGAAAGGAUUCUAUGCUGUUGAGACAUUUUUCUUUCUAAGUGGAUUAUUAAUUUCAUAUGUAACGAUCAAACAAAUCGGUGGUGAUUAUAAAAAAUUUCGUAUCAUACCAUUUCUUCUAGUACGAUUUUUACGGCUUACACCACAAUUAUUGGCAUUCAUGAUUAUCAUUACAUUAUUACCACCAUUGUUCGAUGGACCUGUAUGGCAAUAUCGUAUGGAAUGGAUGAUCAAUUCAUGUGAAAAAUCAUGGUGGAAAAAUUUGAUCUAUAUGCAAAAUCUAAUCGAUUCGGAGAAUAUGUGUGAACCACAUCUUUGGUAUUUGGCUGCUGAUAUGCAAUUACAUUGGCUAUCAAUAUUACCGUUAAUAUUUAUUCUUCGUUCUCCACAACGUGGAUUAUUGUUGAGCAAAAUUCUGAUCAUAUUUUCCAUUAUAUUACAAGCAAUAUGGAUUGUAAUGGAAAAUUCACCACCAGGUACAAUUCUUACUGCACCGGGUGAUUUUCGUAUCGAUGAUAAAACGGGAAAAUAUCUGAAAUAUUAUGAUAAACCAUGGAAUCAUGCACACGUAUUUCUUGUCGGUUUUAUUUUUGGUUAUCAUUUAACACACAUUAAACCAAAUCAUUUUCAUUGGACUCGAUGGAAAACUUUUAUGGCAUGGACAUCCAUUAUUGUUGCAUAUUUACUAUGUAUAUAUGAUACAUUUCCAUGGCAUUUUGGACAACCAUAUCAUCCAAUAUGGUCAUCAAUACUUUCAUCAAUGAAUGGAUUAUUAUGGUCAUUGAUAUUAACGAUGAUCAUAUUUAUUUGCAUUACCAAUCCAGAAUCAUUUGUAGCCAUAAUAUUAUCAUGGCAAUUCUUUCGGCCAUUAUCACGAAUAACAUUUUCAGUAUUUCUUACACAUUUUCUUGUUGUCUAUAUAAUACGUGAUACAAGUCGUAAUCUUUUUGAUUUACAUUAUCCAUCAAUACUGAUGAUAAGCGUAGCCGCUUUAAUGUUAGCCUAUAUAUUUGGAUUUAUUUUCACAUUAUUAUUUGAAAGUCCAAUUAUAACAAAAUGA